AUGCUUCAGCACCGCAAAAUCGACGAGGCCAAGCGUAGAAGUCCAUGGGUCGCCAAGCUCAAACACGCCGCGCAGUAUGCCGUUGAGACCACGCCGCCAGACCAGUUCUCCUCGUCGAAAGGAUCCAGAUUCAGUGAGCGGAUGCAAGGCCGAGCCCUAUCCGAGAUUCUACCGAACCUCUUCGACAUUGCGCAAUUAUACGAAGACCACAUCUUCAACUACAACCUCUUCGAAGGCACAAACAACCAAGACCCCCGCAGAGGGACGCAUGUGACUUGGCAGCCAUUGACGAGACCGCCACGCCAGCAACCCGUACCUAGGAAGCGCUUCCGACGGGCCAGGGCUACUCCGCCUCCGAGGAUAGAGCCCGACGCCGAUGUAUCUGGCAACGAGACCGAGGUUGACAACACCGCGACUGAGUCGCACCUGCCACGGGAGGAGAAAGCUCGGCGACCCCAGACAUCGCAACAGCAAGCGCAAGCCCCCAUUCAAGGACCGGCAAUAUCUCAACCACAACACAUGCAUCCAUGCAGCUCUACUACGACGCCCAACACCUCUUUUGGACAGUCGAUGCACUCUCUUCAUCUAGAUGAGGACAUGGACCUAGACGUCAAGGUGGCCAACCACACCCCGUUCCAUAACCAGACCCGCGGUCAGAGUGACUUGCAAUGCAGCCAGCCGAUGCAGUACUGUACUAAUCAUUCAGGCUACCACCAUGUACCGCAGUCACGACAGGCUCCUGGCUCAAACAACCUAGUGCCAGUGUCUGCAUCAGGAUACCACCAGCCAUUCACCAUGUUCGAUACACCGUACCAUCACCAAGACGAGAGUACCGCCUUCAGCAGCAAUACCGGAUAUCCUUACGAGUAUGACAUGUUUGUCCCGUCGUUCUUCGACGGCCUACCGCACUUGUCCAGCAUCAGCUGUGAGUCGGAAGGCUCUCAUCAUUAA